AACAUCUGUUUGUCAUAAUUAUAAAUGUCAAAUCACAUAUAUGUGGCAACUAGUAUUUAUAUGUAAUAUUUAUUUAAAUAAAAAAUAUUUCUAGUUGAAAUAAUUUUAUUGUGGCAGAAAAUAAUUGAUAAUGGGUCUUUGCAAAUGUCCAAAACGGCGAGUUACGAAUCAAUUUUGUUUCGAACAUCGGGUUUGCGUCUGCGAAAAUUGCAUGGUGACAAAUCAUCCCAUUUGUAUAGUUCAGUCAUAUUUACAAUGGCUCCAAGAUAGUGAUUACAAUUCAAUAUGUGAAUUAUGUACCAAGGAGUUGAAUGUUGAAGAUAGUAUAAGAUUAACAUGUUACCAUGUUUUUCAUUGGUCCUGUUUGGAUAAUUUCUCAAGACAGUUGCCUGCUACGACAGCUCCAAGAGGAUAUGUUUGCCCUUCUUGUAAAACACCACUUUUUCCACCACCUAAUUUAAUAAGUCCUGUUGCUGAUGUCUUAAAAGAGAAAUUGGCAGGUGUCAAUUGGGCAAGAGCUGGUUUGGGUUUACCUCUACUUUCAGAAGAGAGGGAGGUUAAAGCGCCUGUAAUUCUAAAUUCUAUGACAAAACCAAAACCUACUUCACCAAUGUUAAUGAGUAAUGGUUCUCAUUCUAUAGUGGAUGUUGAUGAGCAAGUACCAUUUGUUAGGAAUCCAUCUGAAAGCUAUCAAACAUCUUCUUCAAAUCGUAGAGUUUUUCAAGAUAUAAGAGAUAUAAAAUCUAUUCCAUUUGAUCAUGAUGAUGAUAAAUAUAAAAGACGCCUCAAUGUAUUACGGAACUGGUGGAACUUAACCUUUGGACGACCUACUAGGAGAGGUGGAAAAGCUUUAUAUAAAAGAUAUUUCUUACUAGGGACAUUCUUCCUAAUCGGAAUCAUUCUAAUAUUUGUAUUUUUAUCUAAAGUUGGAAGACAUUAUGCAAAUCUUGAUCCGAGUUUGGAUAUGGAAAAUAACCAUGAUCUCAAAGUACAGAAAGUCUGGGAAUAGUUAUUCAAAUGAAAAUAUAAAGUUAUUCUUUAUUUUAUAUAUAUAUAUAUAUAUAUCACAUGUAAUAUAAUUUGAGCUUGUUUAUAAUUCAAUAUCUCUGAUUAAAUAGAAAGAUUUUUAAAA